GACUGCUUAUACGCAUCAUCUCAUUGUCAGCCCGGAGCGAUCUGUUGUUCGACGGCCAAACAAAACAGUUUGAUUGGUGCAUAAGCCUGUGAGAACGGGUGUUGCGCUCACCUAAGACGACAAGAUAAGAUAUUCUCACUCAACACAAUCACAUCCGAUCCAUCCUCGAGUCUGACCUCCACCCUUGCGAAAGUCGAGUUCGCUCGCAGUCCUACUAUUCCAUCACACCACGUCUCAGGCCACGACAAUCCUCAACCUCUCCUUUCGCCUUGACCGCGUAUAUCUUUUGUGUUAAACUCGACUUUUGGCCACCAUCGCCCUACCACCUACCGCCUUAUGCCUCGAUAGGCCUUGCCACAUCGUCAGCCAUCGCCGAGUUUGUUUGACCCAAGGCCUCCCUUCCAACCAUGCCUCUCAUACUCGAUUCGUCGUCCUUAGAGUCAUCCAGCGAUCGGGAACAGGAUGUUCUAGAAGAGCGGCGGAGACUGCAUCAUGAAGGCGACGUCGUUAUCGUCGGCGCAGGCGUCCUGGGUUGCGCAUUGGCAGUGGCGAUGGCAAACCAAGGGCGCAGCGUGAUACUGCUAGAGAAGUCGUUGAAAGAACCGGACCGCAUUGUAGGGGAGCUGUUGCAACCCGGAGGGUACGAAGCAUUGACCAAAUUGGGGUUGCGACAUACAUUGGAGGGAAUCGACGCGAUCCCCGUCAAGGGCUACACUGUCUUAUAUUUCAAUGAGUCGGUAGCCAUCCCGUAUCCCGCCAGUGCCAGUGGCGGGGGGGAGACACGACGUCUAGACACAGAGAGGUCAGAGAAAUCAGAAAAAUCAGAAAUGUUGCCUCCUGAGGCCCCGGAAGGACGGUCAUUCCACCAUGGGCGAUUCAUUUCCAAGCUACGAGCCGCCGCAAUGGCGCAUCGCAACAUCUCGGUCUUUGAAACCGAGGCGACCUCAUUGAUCACGUCGACACAUACGCAUCUGAUUCUGGGUGUGGAGUCCUUGACCAACAAAACGCAAAAAGAUUACUACUUCGGUUCGUUGACCGUAGUGUGUGACGGGUAUGCGUCGAAAUUCCGCAAGUCGUACAUCCCUCGCACGCCGCAGGUCAAGUCCAAGUUCUGGGGCAUGGAACUGAUCGACUGCCCCUUGCCGACGCCUCAACACGGCAUCGUGGUGCUGGGCCAAAAUUCACCAGUCCUACUCUAUCAGAUCGGGACGCACGAGACCCGUGUCCUGGUCGACGUACCUGAGGGUUUGCCAUCGACCUCGCCUGCCAACGGCGGGAUCAAGGGUCACCUGGAGAAAGUGGUUCUGCCGUCCUUGCCUGCCAUGGUCCAGCCAUCAUUCCGAGCCGCGCUGGAAAAGGGUACCGGGCUUCGCAGCAUGCCCAACUCGUUCCUGCCGCCUACCAUGAAUCGAACUCCUGGACUGGCCAUCCUCGGGGACGCCAUGAACAUGCGCCACCCCUUGACCGGCGGCGGCAUGUCGGUCGCCCUGAGCGAUGUCGUUUUGUUAUCGGAACUGCUGGCCCCGGAAAAGGUACCCGACCUGGUAGAUACCAAGCAGGUUCUCGAGCAGUUUCGGGUGUUUCAUUGGCGCAGGAAGGCCUUGACCUCCGUCAUCAACAUCCUCGCAAUGGCCCUGUAUUCUUUAUUUGCCGCAGACGAUUGGCAGUUGAAGUAUCUCCAAAAAGGCUGUUUUCGAUACUUCCAGCGCGGUGGCAAGUGUAUCGAAGAACCGGUCGGCUUGUUGGGAGCCCUGAUCCAGCGGCCCUUUGUGCUGUUUUAUCACUUCUUCAGCGUGGCGUUGUGGAGUAUUUGGAUCUUGUUCAAAGAAAACGGCUUGUUUCUGCUGCCUUUGAGCAUUGUCCAGGGUAUCCUGGUGUUUUGGAAGGCUUGUGUCGUCAUCUUCCCGUAUAUAUUUGCCGAACUGAGGAUUUGAGGUCCGCAGCGAGCUUUGUCUACAGAGAUGUACGAACAUUGGUAUAAAAAAUAAGAAGGAUUGGUCGUUCCUACAAAGGGUGUACGGAGUCAUCAUUGGACCUGGUUGUAAGCGAGGAUUCGGCAAUGGGGUGCAAUAUGGGAUUUGAAUAAGUUAAUAUUCGUCAGAACAGCGCAGAAGAGAAAUAGUACGGCUGGCGCACCCAGCAAAUGUGUGUCUUGUAGAGCGUGAUUUGCUGUGCAGGUCAUUAUCGAUAUCUAGACUGGUGGUGUCUAUCUUGUUCUGCUGGAACUGAUCUUCGUCAUCUCUCGUAGGCAGGACUACUAUUACCUUACAAUUGUUGCAAUACC